UAGUCCGGAAAAUACGGUAUUUAUAUUUUUUGUUUUAUGUUUUUAUUUUAUAAUGAUUUCUUUUAUUCUGCCAUUUUUCACAUAUUUUUUCAGAGUUAAUGCUACACUGUUUAAUAGCAGCAGGGCGCAAAAUAGAAGUUGGGGCUUAAAGCCACCACGUUACUGGGUCUAUUGAAAACCAAAAGUGGCACAGUGGAGCAGAAUUCAGGCAGGACGAGUAGAGUGGUGUGGGGUAGACGGGGGGGGGGGGGGGGACGAUACAAAAUUCCUGUAUACAUGUAUGUGUGUGUGUUUAUUUUUUCUUUAUUUCUAUGAUCCCCAGGUAUUCCAGUGAACUACCAGGAUGUCUCCUCUAUCGAUCCAGAAUGUGUUUGGAGCGAUGGAGGAAGUACCCCUCAAACCAGGAGGGAGCAGCAUCCUGGUCACUCAAGACAACAAGGCGGAGUAUGUCCAGCUGGUGACGGAGCUGAGGAUGACAAGAGCCAUCCAGCCUCAGAUAAAUGCCUUCUUGCAAGGAUUCCACACCUUCAUUCCCCCGUCGCUCAUACAGCUUUUUGACGAAUAUGAAUUGGAGCUUCUGCUGUCAGGGAUGCCAGAGAUUGAUGUAGAGGAUUGGUGCAGAAACACGGAGUACACCAGUGGCUAUGACCCUGAAGAUCCUGUGAUCCAGUGGUUUUGGAAGGUGGUAAGGAGCCUCACCCAGGAAGAACACAUUUUACUGCUUCAGUUUGUCACUGGAAGUUCUAGGGUUCCUCAUGGGGGUUUUGCUUAUCUGAUGGGUGGGAGUGGCUUGCAGAAGUUCACAAUUGCUGCUGUGCCAUAUACCUCCAACUUGCUGCCUACUUCCAGCACCUGUAUCAACAUGCUGAAACUGCCAGAAUACCCAAGCCGGGAGGUUCUCAGAGACCGACUGCUAGUAGCUCUGCAUUGUGGGAGCUAUGGAUACACCAUGGCCUAAACAUCCUGUUGCUAUGAGGGUCUUCAGUUCUUCUCAGUUGCUGGGCUUGUAACUCAAAUAGAGAAUAUUAUUAUUAACAAAAUGCUGAAAACAAAAUGCUUAAUUUUUUUUAACACAGACCACAGGUUCCCUUACACAUAUGUGCCAGCAUUUGUUGUUUGAAGCAUUACAUUUGCAAAGUGGUAGUUAAUGAAAAAUAUAUUUUAUCAUCUCAUAUACUUAUCAAUCCAUACUGUUUACAUCAAAAACAUUUUUUACUGAAGAUGCACAGAAAUAGUAGAAAUGGUGGUGAAUGCUGAAUAUCACAUAUCAGAGGAGUUUAAAGAGCUCUCUGUGUUUCAAGAGUUGAUAAUUUUUAUAUAUAAUCAUUACAAUUUAAUCAUAUUAGAAGUAUAAGGUGAUGUUAGGUCUAGCGGAUAUACUGGAACGAAAUUAUUGUUUUCUUUUAUUCUUUAGGCCACUAAAGAAGCAGAAUAAGGACAUUGCCAAUAUUAGCCCGAGUUGUAAAAAAAAAAAAAAAAGCUAUUCUUUGUAAAAAAACAAAUUGUCUCUUGCUUUUGUAAAAUCAAAGCAUAAGUUGCCAACAUAUUGAAGUCACCACACAUAUAAGGCAGUUACAGGUUAUAUUUGCCCCUUCCACGAGGUAAAAAAUGUGUCCCUUCCUACUACACUUAAAAUAGAUUGGUUAGGCCAUAUACAAUCUAUACAUAGGUAACAUGUUUUAAACUUAUCUAUGGUAAAGACGUGUAUCCAAUUUUUUGGAUUGCCCUUUUUUUGGUUGUGGUUGUAGGGAGGGGGUGCUUGAGUUAUGGAGAUGUUAAAAAUAAUCAUGUAAUGUUUUUACUGUCACUUAAGAUGCAUAAAUUCUGGAGGCCUAAUUGAAGCAUAAUUAAUUAUUUUUCAACCUGUAAGUUAUGUGUUACUAUUGUGUAUAUUGUACUGGGCUAAAUGUAAGGAUUUCUGCAGGCAGAAGGGAAACACAUUAUAUGCUGAGUCCUUGUUUUAAAUGUCUACUAGGCGGGUACAAAAUGUCUUUUGCGAUGAGUUCCAGCGGUGGGCAUGGUUUGUACAAAACACCCCAUAGCAAACAGUAACCAUUAAGUACCUGAAAGUCUGGUAUGAAAUGAUCAAAUUACAAAUAUAUGGAAUGGCAAAGGGAUAACAUGACCAGCACCAAAAUCACAUGAAAAACCUGGUAUUCAAAAUCAUGGUCUGAUAUCAAAAAGUCUGCCCACCUUUAACCUGUCUUUAACCUAAUUUAUCUCUUUUAAAUAAAAGUAUUGGUUUGUCCACCACUGAUGUGGAGUAAUGGUACAUUCAACUCCCAUAUGAAAAGUGUUUCCCCUCUUCAGGAUGAAAAAUUCCAAUAAAACAUCAUGACUCCUGUCUUUGUUAUGGUACGUGACAAAUGUGGAUGAGAUGUUAAAUAGAAAGCAAGAAAAAACAAUCCUAACCUUCAUUGAAUCAUUCUCCUAAAUGCACCAAAACUUAAGAAAAAUCAAACAAACAAGUCAACCAGUUAUUAAUGACGUCUCACCACCUACAACUGCGCUCCAACUACAACAGAGACAUAGAACCCGCUACACUCACGGCUAAUUGUAAAUGAGUGUCUAAAAACACUUUGCCCACAUAAAUGCACCCAUUGAACAGAUUUUCAUGUGAAGUUCUCAAUUUAUUUUUGAUUGAAAAUCUUGUGGCUGUUUGUAAAGACUGAAUAAUGUAAUUUAGCUGCAAUGGUAUGAAAUGUGCAUCAUGUUGAUGAGAGUCCGAAGUGUUUUCCAUUAGACUGCCACAGCUCCUGGAGCUCUCCCAUCUAGCACGACAAUUGGUAUCAUGUGACUGACUGUACAGAGUCAUAGUGUAUUUGAUGUUUUGUUGUCUUUUUGUGGAAUGAAGACCAAUAUUCUAAACCACAACACUUGUUUUGUUCUCGGUCAAAUGUUUGUCUUGCAAUGAAAUCUUUUACAUUCCCUAUGUUAUUGUUGUUGCUAUUGAUAUAAAUCAUGCUGAAGGUGUGUGUGUGUGUGUGGGGGGGGGGGGGGGGGGGGGGGGGGGUAAUGUUGUAAAUGUGGCACAUCUUGGUUAUUUUUCUUUCUAAAGGGAAUUUAGACAUUCAUCUAAUAUAUCGGUUUCAGUGUUGGUUUCAGUUCCUGCCUAAAAUACUGAUGGAACAGGGAAUAUUGUUCAUUAUAAAACAAGUCUUUAUCAAUAUUGUACUGUACAUUUCAGCAUCGACUUGUGUAUUUUACCUUGAAAUACUUGUACUUAAAUUUUAUCUAAUAAACGAAAAUAUUUCAUAA